CGCUGUCUGAGUUUGGAGACCGUUGAUACGAGAGACGCAGCCUCUACGCCACAUAGCCAACCACACAGAGCGCACUGGAGACAUUCUGCCAUGCGUUUUUACGCAAACGCGUUUUACUUGAAAUAAUUUUUAUUCACCUUCUACCAAAGAUCAUAAUAAGCAACCAGGUCUGACAACGAAACACUUUUUAAAAUGGAACUACAACAACUCAACGCUUCUUUUUCAAAAAACGACAGCGACCUAUUUGGAAGAAAUGAAGAAGUCGCUAAAAUUGAAAUAACCGUUUUGAGCAUUACUUUUGUUGUGGCAGUCAUUGGUAACAUUAGUAUACUGGUAGCUAUGUACAAUACCAAGAAAAAGACUUCCAGAAUGCAUCUUUUCAUCAAACACCUGAGCUUAGCCGACUUAGUGGUCGCUUUUUUCCAGGUUUUGCCACAACUGUGUUGGGAGAUUACAUUUCGUUUUAAUGGACCGGAUUUUCUCUGUAGGAUUGUAAAACACUUACAGGUGCUGGGAAUGUUUGCUUCUACAUACAUGAUGGUAAUGAUGACUGUAGACCGCUAUAUCGCAAUCUGCCACCCGUUGAAGACUCUCCAGCAACCGACUCGCAGGUCCUACAUCAUGAUCAUCAGCACCUGGGUCGGCAGCCUGCUGCUCAGCACGCCGCAGUCCUUCAUCUUCUCCCUGAGUGAAAUAAAGAACGGGUCCAAGGUGUACGACUGCUGGGGGCACUUCAUCGAGCCGUGGGGUUUGAAGACCUACAUCACCUGGAUCACAAUUGGGAUCUUUUUAAUCCCAGUUUCUGUUCUGAUGGUUUGUUACGGAUUCAUAUGUCACAGUAUUUGGAAAAACAUUAAAUAUAAAACGAAAAAAACCACGUCCGAUGCCACGCAUAAAAAGGGUUUAAUUGGCAAGAACUCCGUUAGCAGUAUCACCACUAUAUCCCGUGCGAAGCUGAGGACAGUCAAAAUGACUUUUGUUAUUGUUCUGGCAUAUAUUAUUUGUUGGGCGCCGUUUUUUACGGUCCAGAUGUGGUCGGUGUGGGAUGAAAACUUCUCAUGGGCCGAUUCUGAGAACACCGCUGUCACUCUCUCUGCACUGCUAGCCAGUCUGAACAGCUGCUGCAACCCCUGGAUAUAUAUGAUCUUCAGUGGUCACCUUCUGCAGGACUUUGCAUACUGCUUUCCAUGUUGCCACAAAAUCCACCAGAAGUUCAGGAAAGAAGACUCAGACAGCAGUAUCAGGAGAACCACGCUCCUGACUAAAAUAACAAACAGAAGUCCCACGUGCAGUUCAGGGACAUGGAAAGAUCUGGAUAACUCACCGAAGUCAGACAGGUCAAUUCCAUUGGACCUGCAGUCUUGAUUCCCUGUAUCAGUGCUCCAUAUUUAUUAACUUUUUUAUUAAAAUGGUGGCACGAGGUACCUCAAACUGAAUGUGAUCUUGCCAUAGACUCUGCAGGACAUGCCCUGCCACAUUUAGGGCAUGUCCUGUCUGAACUAAGGGGCAUGUUAUGUCUGACUUAAAGAGUGU